AUGACUUACAAUCCACUCUACCGGAGAACUGGUCUAAUUGGAAUAAAACAAGGAAUGACCUCAAUUUUCAAUGAACUUAAUCAGCAAAUCCCAGUGACUCUAAUUAAAAUUGAUAGAAAUCAAGUUAGCGGUGAUAAGGAUGGUUACUUGCAAUUGUCUUCUACAGACACUGAUAAACUAUCUAAACCACUAUCAAAGCAUUUCCAAUCACUCAACAUCCACCCAAAGAAACACUCAAAAGAAUUCAAAGUUUCUAAUGAGUCAAAGAUUCAAAUCGGUACAGAGUUAAGCGCUGCUCACUUUGUACCUGGUCAGUUUGUAGACGUUCAAGCCACUAGCAAUGGUAAAGGCUUCUCUGGUGUCAUGAAAAGACACAACUUCAAAGGAUUGAGAGCUACUCACGGUACUUCCAUCUCUCACAGGUCACAAGGUAGUACUGGUGCAAACCAAGACCCAGGUAGAGUCUUCCCUGGUAAGAAAAUGGCUGGUAGAAUGGGUGGUGAGACUACCACUGUCCAAAACUUGAAAAUUGUUAGAAUUGACACUCAAAACAACACUAUACUCGUUAAAGGAUCUAUUCCUGGUAGAGAUAAUGGUACUAUCUACAUUAAAGACGCUAUAAAGAAGCUCGUGAUUGAUGGUCAAAAUAAGUUUAAAAAGCUCGGUUCUCAACCUGAGCACACCUCAAAAGCUCUACCAUGGGGCGUUGACACUUUACCUUUCCCUGCAGCCACUCAAGAGAUGGCUGCAUCCUAUCCACAUAUCCUACAAGCUCCAGCUGCCCCCAAAAAGGACGACUGA